AUGCGGCUCUUAUACCACGGAGAUGAUGGGGAGCUCAGUGUCACUGCCGACCUAGUCGAUAGACCCGAUACCUCCUUACGCGACAGCUUGCAGUCCUUCUUGGUCGACACCUGCUGCAUCAACAAGGCGAACAAGACUGAGCUCUCGUUGGCCAUCCGGUCCAUGUUUCGCUGGUACCGCGACGCAGCUCGGUGGUAG